AACACUCGAAACCUUUUUUCAUCUUUAGACCACAAUUAUGGGACAGAGUGCUCCUCCCUCCUCCUUUCUCUCUUUAUAUCACACCACCACACUAUUGGACCAUUACUACCAUCUCCUCUUUCCCUUUUUCUCUUCUUUCAUGCUUCACCAAGAACCCUAAAGUUCUCAUCUUUAAGAUUAUUAAAAAAGGAUCACUACACCGGGUAUUCGGUAUGUCACUUGUCGCGGGAUAGAGAUCAGACAGUAGCGGAUCGCAGGGAGAUCCACAAGAAGCAUCUGAAUUCGAGGCUUGACCUUGAUAUUGUCAGCAAAACCAGUUUCAAAAUUGUUGCUUGGUCAGUCCAAGCAAGUCAAACAGUCAAUGGCCUCGGUCAAAGAAACAAAACCGACACAACACAUGUCGUUCAAAGACCGGUCAAUACCAACCUCUCAAAACGUCAGCAUUUCAAAAUCUACCGAAAAAACAGAUUGUAUCGAAAGUGGAAAAAGCAGUGUGUGUAGAGGAAGUACAAGCACUGAUCUAAGUGAUGAAAGUAACUACAGCACUUUCAGUAGCAACAUCAACAAGCCUCACAAAUCAAACGACUCGCGGUGGGAAGCAAUCCAGACCGUCAGAUCGAGAGACGGAACCUUGGGUCUGAACCAUUUUCGAUUGUUGAAAAGAUUGGGUUGUGGUGAUAUCGGCAGUGUGUAUUUGUGUGAGCUUAGUGGUAUGAAGGCUUACUUUGCAAUGAAAGUGAUGGAUAAAGUGUCGCUCGAGGGGCGGAACAAGCUAUUGCGAGCGGAAACCGAAAGGGAAAUACUUCAGUGUUUGGAUCACCCGUUUCUUCCUACUUUGUAUACGCAUUUUGAGACGGAUAAGUUCUCGUGUUUGGUAAUGGAGUUUUGCCCGGGUGGCGAUUUGCAUAUGUUGAGACAGAGGCAACCCGCGAAGCGGUUUUGCGAACAAGCUGUCAAGUUUUACGUUGCAGAGAUCCUUCUCGCCAUGGAAUACCUACACAUGCUCGGAAUUGUCUACCGUGACCUAAAGCCCGAAAACGUUCUCGUUAGAGAAGACGGUCACAUAAUGCUAUCCGACUUUGACCUCUCCCUUCGCUGUUCCGUCAACCCAACAAUGGUAAACUCAUCAUCCGACAACAACGAACCCCUUCGAAAAACCUCCAAUUACUGCAUCCAACCAGCCUGCAUUGAGCCAACAUCAUGCAUAGAACCAUCAUGUGUGGUCCCCACAUCCUGUUUCUCACCAAGAUUCUUCAAAUCCAAAAAAGACAAAAAACCCAAAUCCGAAAUCAACAACCAAGUGACCCCGUUGCCCGAGCUCAUGGCCGAGCCAACCGGGGUCCGCUCAAUGUCGUUUGUUGGGACCCACGAGUAUUUAGCCCCAGAGAUCAUUAAAAACGAGGGGCAUGGGAGUGCUGUGGAUUGGUGGACGUUGGGUGUUUUCUUAUACGAGUUACUUUAUGGUAAGACCCCGUUUAAAGGGUCAGGUAACCGGGCUACAUUAACGAAUGUAGUCGGGCAGCCAUUGAGGUUUCCGGACUCGCCUGUGGUGAGUUUUCCCGCGAGGGAUUUGAUCAGGGGUUUGUUAGUAAAAGAACCAAAAAACCGGUUGGCGUAUAAGAGAGGGGCGACUGAGAUUAAACAACAUCCGUUUUUCGAAGGGGUUAAUUGGGCUUUGAUUCGUUGUGCGAGUCCGCCGGAGAUUCCAAAGGCGGUGGUGCUUGACCGGGUUGCUUCUCCGGCGACUUCUUUGUUGGAGAAGAAGACUGCUGGGCUUGUGAUUGCACCUGAGAAGAAGGGGUCUCAGAACUAUUUGGAGUUUGAUUUCUUUUGAAACUGUUUAAUGUUGUAAAAAUGUUUUUGUUUGGGUUUUUUUUUUUGUUUUGUGGGGAAGAUCAAAUUUUUGUGAUGUUUUGUUUGGACAAUUGUUGAAAAAUGUGACAUUUUGUGUUCGUUAAUGUUAAUAUGAUAUACAAGGAUAGUCUUUUUUUUUU